AUGCCAGCGCCGCGUCCGUGGAUGAGCUCCCCACCACCCAAUGGCUCAGCAACGUCCGCGGAUGAGGAGCGUCUCGGCUCACAGAUCCGCACGCGCAGCGACAUGAAGCAACAGGGUCGAGAAGGAGGCCACCUCGCAAUUGGCAAAUCUCAGUCUCUCUUCAUGACUCACGCUCACUCUGCUGGCUCGCCUUUCCUCUUGCCCCACGGCACUCGACUGGCGCGCCGCGUCGAGCGGGUGAUUCGCGACCUCUACGAUGUCCACGACUACGACGAGGUGAUCACGCCGCAGAUCUACCGCAAGAAACUCUGGGAGCAGAGUGGGCACUGGGACAACUAUCGUGAGGACAUGUUCGGCGUCGAGGGCUUCAAGGAGCAGCAGCGCAAGGAGAUGAAGAGAGCAGCCAAGGUUGCAAAGGUCAUAGAAGAGCGACGAGGAUGCUGCGCUGCUCAUGAUGCUGAGGGAAGUGGGCAGAGCGACGCCUCCACCUCUGCGUCCGCCUCUACAUCGACGACUCCGCUCCCGGACAUGGAUUUCGGCCUCAAGCCCAUGAAUUGCCCAGGUCAUUGCCUCAUUUACUCUUCGCAGCCUCGCAGCCUCUCCGACCUGCCUCUACGCUUCUCCGAAUGGUCUCCACUGCACCGCAAUGAGCCUUCUGGCUCCCUCUCUGGCCUGACUCGCGUUCGACGCUUCGUUCAAGACGACGCUCACGUCUUUUGCGCUCCCGAACAGAUCAAGGCUGAGAUCGCAACGAUGCUCACGAUGCUUUCAGAUGCUUAUAGCGUCUUUGGCUUUCCAAAUUUCGAGGUCGUCCUAUCGACACGACCCAGCAAGAGUCUAGGAAGACAAGAAGACUGGGACCGUGCUGAGCAGGCUCUACAGGAGGCUCUCGAUGAAGCGGGCGUGAGAUGGACUUGUAAUCACGGCGAUGGCGCCUUCUAUGGACCCAAGAUCGACAUUCGUCUCGUCGACUCGCUGCAGCGCAAGCACCAAACGGCGACGAUUCAGCUCGACUUCCAGCUGCCGGAGCGGUUUGGCCUCACUUACGAGCCAGGCGCGGCUGCCAGCGCGGAAACGACCAGCGUACAUCGCCCUGUCAUGAUCCACCGUGCGAUUUUGGGCUCCGUCGAGCGCUUCCUUGCCAUUCUCAUGGAGUCGCGAGAAGGAGCAUGGCCCUUUUGGCUCUCCCCUCGCCAAGCGUGCAUCAUCCCUGUCACGACGAGUCCGGAGGUGCUAGCAUACUGCGAGAAGGUGAGGAAGCAGCUCAGCCUUGGCCUCGACUAUGAAGCCGAAGACGGAGGGGUUGCGCCUCGCUCCCUGCAGCGCUUCUUUAUCGAGAUGAGUCCGCCCUCGUCGCUGGAUAUGCGCCUGUCGAAGCGUAUCAAGAGGGCGCAGCUCGCAGGGUACAACUUCCUCAUUAUCGUAGGCGAGGGCGAAAUGAAGGCGUCGACGGUCAAAGCGGUUGUAGAGGGGAACGGCUCAUGGUGGAAGCGACUGAGAAGCAGCGCAGCAGAUGGCGUGGAAGCGCAGCUCUUCGGAGAGAGUGGCGAGCUGAGUAGCAGCGGCGAGCGGGAAGCAGGACAAAUGGAGAUGGGCAGCUACGAGGUUGGCAAGCUGCGAGCACUUUGGGAAAAGAUGGAUCGAUGCCACUUGUGA